CCCUUCGGCCUCCCAGGCCGCCGCUGCUGCCGGGGCCUUGCCAGGGACUCUGUAGUGGCCGCCCUUCCACCCCCUCCUCCUCCCCCUCUUCUUCGUCUUUCUCUUCUCUCCACCUUCUCCCUCCAUUUGCCUGGAAAAGCCAGAGGCCCAGGGGCAGGGCAUCCUCCAGCCUCGGCUCCCCGACACAACAGCCAGGGCGGGCACGGCCUGUGCCCAGAGAGGCUGGAAACCGAGCCACGCCCGAUCCCCAAAGAGCCGUCCAAGCGUGUAACUAAAGGGGUAAAGAAAGUCAAGUGCACAGAUUAUUGUCAGAUAAUCCCCCUCGGUGACUGUGGGUGAUGGAGGGUUAACUGGAAUUAGUAUUUUAGUGUCCAAAUGCAGCCUGAGGCCAGAAAAUACGAAGAGACACCUUCCAUCUUCUGGGGUUUGGAUCCUGUAUUUUUAGCAUUUGCAAAAUUGUACAUAAGAGACAUCCUGAAUAUAAAAGAGUCCAAGCAAGUGCCAGGCAUAUUUUUAUAUAAUGGACAUCCAAUUAAGCAGGUGGACAUUUUAGGAACUGUAAUUGGAAUGAAAGAGCGAGAAGCUUUUUUUAUCUAUGGAGUGGAUGACAGCACAGGGGUUAUAAACUGUAUCUGCUGGAAAAAUGAAAGAGAUUCCAAAACCUCUCCAGCUGGGACCCAACCAUGUACUGUUAGUGGUCCAUACCUAACUACACAACUUAAGAAGCUGCAAGAAGUUUUACGUCAGAAAACCCAACUGGAAAUUGGAGAUAUUAUCCGAAUUAGAGGGCAUAUCCGCGUCUACCGAGAUCAGCGAGAAGUUCAGGCGUCCACGUAUUACAGAGUGAAUGAUCCAGUGUGGGAUGUUCAGAUCGCAAGAAUGCUAGAGCUUCCAGAUAUCUAUAGAAAAAUUUACGACCAGCCUUUCCAAAUCCCAGAGUUAAUGAACGAGAAGGCACUGAGCAAUCCAAGUGCCCUGGACCUUCCCAGCCUAACUAUUCUGCUGAGUGAAAAAGUGAAAGAGUUCCUUAUUGAGCACAAAGUGCUGACCUUUUACCCACGGGAGCUGGAAACUGUGGACACUUUGAUCUCCCUUGCUAAUCAGCCUGUUAUUCGUGGGAUCUGCUCGGAACAGGUGGAUUCUACAAAUGGCUCCAUUUCCAAAUCACUCCACAGCAUAUUUAAGGAAGCUAUACGGCUGCUGCAGGAAAGAGGAAUAGUUUUCCAGAAAUUAGACAGCCUGCAUGACCUGUACUAUGUAACAGAACAAGAUAAGGAAUUACAGAAAAAGAUCCUCAGUAUCAUUCAAGGAGAUUGCCAGAAGCCAAAACAUGCUGAAAGAGGCUGCCAUUUCCUUCACAUCUUAGCUUGUGUUCGCCAGAACUACAACCCUCAUCUGAGUGAAGCUUCAGUUCGUCAAGUCCUGGACCUCUUGGAGAACAGGAGUGAUGUAGUCAGCACUAUGGAAGGAUACUACACUGCUUUCUAAGGAGGAUGGAUUAAGAAGCUAUGUAUCCUCGUAUAUCCACCGACUGCCUUAAGAAGAAAGAAGAAUGAAACCAUGUGACUAUUACUGUUCUGGGCAUUAGUUAUUAUCAGUUAGUGUUGUAUAAGUUUGUGUAAUUGGAAAUAAAUUAAGCUCGUACCAUUUGUUUGUAAUAAACUAGGAAAUUGCAGUGAUCAAAAACAUAA